AACUACGUCAUUUCCUGUCGCCAGCUUCGUUUGUGUGCUGAGAAAAAUACAUGCUAUCAACCUGAGAAAGGAAUUACAAAUACAUUUUUGGGCACUGGUUAGGUUAAUAUUAUUGUUUUAAUCUAGAAUGUUGGAGGAGUCUAUGAGAAUCCAGGAAAUACCAUCAAAAUUGUGUCCUGUGAUUUCUCUUGUGAGCCCUUGUGAGUUCCCCACCUCCCAGGUAAAACACGCUGGAAGCGAGACGUAAGCACUACUGAAUUGUGACCCCAUCCACACUUAAAGCGAGACGUGAGAAAAGCUGUCUGGCUGUCAGCAGGACAAAGGAUUUUUACCAGGCCGGCCAACAAGACAAAGGCUGAUUCAACUGGAAGAUGAAACCUGAGCUGGACGACCAGAAUGGCUGCACACAUUAAACACCUGGAAUUACUCUUGCUUUGACAACAUCUCAUACAAUCACCAAAGAGGAACUUCUGAGCAACAAGACAUCUCAGUUUUGUUUCUGUCUGUGGACUAAGAAAGACACUGCCAACAUGCCUAUUCUCAAGCAGCUGAGCAACUCUAACCAGUCGAAGCGGCGUUCUCGGAUUGACCUGACCGCAGAGAUGAUCAGUGCUCCACUAGGAGACUUCCGCCACACAAUGCACGUGGGCCGAGGAGGUGAUGCCUUUGGGGACACUUCAUUUCUUAGCUCCCACUCAGGAGAACCUCCCAGGGAGCUGGAAACAAAGCAGAGCUCCAAACCAGGGCUGCUGUCCCGCACUUUCAGAAGUAGCAAACGCUCUCAGUCUGUAGCCCGUACGGACCACAGUAUGAUGGCGCCUUCCGGUGGUUCAGCCAGCUUUGUGAAAAAUGCCAUAUCCUUGCCUUACCUAAAUGAUGAGGCUACUAGAGGAGGAAACCAAGUGACAAAGAGUGUUUCCUCCAGCCCCAUGAAAACACUGACAGAGAUUGAAAGCAAGCAGAUAAAUGGAGCAGCAGCUAUGGCGACACAUGACACGGAGUUUGAUGAGCGUAAUUUUGGCGAACUGACAGAUUUGCCUCAAUCCAUGCCUAAAGGAGGCGGGAUGAAGCACGCAGAGUCUAUUAUGUCCUUCCAUGUUGACUUGGGGCCCUCCAUGCUCGGGGACAUCUUAAGCGUGAUGGAAAAGAAAGGCUGGGAGGAGGACGACCUCGGCUAUGAGGAAGGAAAAGGUAGUGAGGGUGGUGCGUCACCCUCUCACAUUCCCCACAUAGAUGAUUAUGUGGAGGAUCAGGCCCCUGUCAGGCCACCCCGCAAAAAGGACCAGGAGAAGGCCCUGGUGGGCCCCUACUCCCCGGAGCUACACCACCACAAUCUGGACAGCAGCUCUGUGUCCAGCUCUGGUUCAGCCACCGAGGAGAAACCCCAGUACCACCGCCAUGACGCCGACACAGACAGUGCAAAGUACAGUUCACCACAUGGGGAUGACAGAGAAUUCACCUUCAUGGAUGAGGAGGAGGAGGAUGAUGAGAUUCGCGUGUAGACAAAUGUGGUAUCACUGCUAUGAAGGAGAUGGAGAAAACCAGGCAUUGUGGACGGCUGUCACAGCCUGGAACAGACACAAGAGGGGUUUAGAGGCAGGGCCACGUGUGUGUGAAGCUUUUAUAGAUCAAUCUAAUCUCUGUACAUGUUAUCCAACACCAUACCUAAAACCAACUAAGCCUUAUACACUGUGCUGUAGCAAUAAGAUGUGAGCUGAGUGGCACUCUGGAAAGGUUUGGGUUUGUUGCAGGUCUUUGUAACACCAAAUUAUUGAACAGAAUCAUUAUUAUAUUCAGACUCUGUCCUUGUCAAAGGUGCAUCAGCCAAGAGCAAAAAUCAGCAAGCUACUUAAUCACAUUUGUUUUAAGGAGUGAAAGGUGACCAUGAGCUUAGAGAAGUGCAAACCAACUGUCAAUCAUAUGAAUAUCACAUUCAGAGGCAUGAGGUGAGCAAAGGUCACGUGAGGUCACAAACUUACUGUGCUCGUGUACUACAGGGAGGACGAGAGAAAGGACAAGUGAAACUCAGUAGCUUUGUAAUCCCUGAGUGUCGGGGUGAUCAUGGAGCUUCGUUUGCCAGUAAGAAUGUUUUGGCAUAAACACUAAAAAGAUAGAGCAGUUAUAACUUUUAUUUUAUUUCUCUGACUUUAAGAUGUGAUUUCUGCUUUUUUUGUACAUACAGUAUCUACAGUAGCCUGUUGGAUUUGAGUUGGGUAGUUUAGCAUUUCACCAUCAUCUCUCAUUCUUUAAACUCAGACAGCUGGGGUAGUGGUAACGUGUGCUGCUGGGUCUUAAAUGUUUUGAUUUGGGUUUUUCUAAGGUGUUUAAUUUCUUUAACAAACUUCUUAAUGGUACUACAGAGGAAGCCAGCUUUUUUGCCUAGUAGUUGGCUAAAGUGCACUUAAUUAUUGGACUCUAGUAGACAUAAGUGUCUAAGCGACAUCACAGCUAACGUUAUCACGGUAAGGCUGUAUUAGGUGAUAAUGGCAAUGUUUUAUAAAAUCACUUUUUUGUGUCAAAAAUGUGAAUUGUGAAAAGCGAGACUUUUUGUAUGUGUUCUGUGUCCUGUACUUUUUAAAGCGACAGGACAGGUGGCAGUUGUGACCAAUUAUGUAUUUGCUGUGGUGUCACAUCUCGUCCCACAUCUUCACUGAGGUUGGUAAGAUUAGCAGGUCGGCAGAGAGACGAGAAAUGUUUGAAAGGCAGUUGCUACAGUAGGAAAGAAUGGUUGUAUCAAAAUGAAUAGUUAUGGCUCACCAAAUCCAGCUCCUCUAUAGAUGUGUCCAGCUCGUCUCUAAGGAUUUGUAAAAACAUGUACAUGGGGAGCUGUUUAAUAGACGGGGAAUCAGGUACAUCUCGGGGCAGUGAGAGUAGGAAAUAACUCCUAAACCGGCCCCACAGGUGAUAAUACUGGCCUCCUCUACACAGCCCAAAUCACACAGUAAGAACAGAUGAUUAAAUCAACCAAUCAUCUGGCCUUUCCCAGGCUACUCAUUAAAUGUGCUGGAUUACUGGCCCCCAGCCAGCUGGAGCUACUCCAGGAACAGACAGGUGGGCUGUUUCUCUAGCUUUUUGUCUUCACUUGGUUUUACAAUGCAGCUUCACUCAGCUACUUCUAGUUACACAUUAGUCAGAAAGGGGAGGUCUUUCCUGUCUGCUAUCCAUGAAUAAUGUCUUUUUUAUUUAGUAUUUCAAAACUAAUUCCCACAUUUGACAAAUGGGAGCUUUCUGUUCCUGUUAUGGCACCGAUGCAGGGGUGUGUAGUAUUUAGAAUCAGGAUGCUGUGUGAUUCUGCCUCAGGUUACUGUAAUGUUUCGAACCGUGUCUACAUGAUCAGGCUGCAAGAAGUUCUGAAAUGAAACAGGAGGGAACUGCCAGGUUUAUCUUAUCACUGGGUGACAUUAGCAGGAUUUUCUUUGUUUGUAGCUCUGCACUAGGGAUGGGCAUUUCAAGCUAAAAUGCUAUUCGAUAUUAGCUAGGGACAAUUCGGCAGUUAUUUGAAGAUCACCCCACCAAAUUACUGAGAGUUCCGCUCUGUGUUGGCAAAAUUUAAUGACUAUUUGAAUAUUUGAAAAUCAUUGCCCAUCCCUAAUCUGCAGGAUUAGUCAGAUCGUACUCACAUUUUGAUGCAAAUGGACCAAAUGUAAAGUUGUCUGCUUCUGUUAAUCCGCUGAGAAACAUGGCGUUGUUGGAGCCUUUGAAAGAAAGAACAAAAAUACUCCUUAUCUGCUGCUGCCGUUUUAAUCAAGCAAUGUAAAUAUCAUUUGUGCCACUGAUGAUUACAGUAAACACCCUUUGUUCGCUGCAGUGUGACUAUGGGGUACUAGU